AAAUAAUUGACGGACUUUGGGAGUGAUCUCAGGGUUUCUUGUCUUAAAUCACUACAUGAAUCCACAUUAGCUGUUAGACAAUUGCCGAUGUUGCGUCCAGGCUACAAUUUUUAAAUGACUUGGUCAGAUGAGUAUUUGGUACACGUUGCUGAAGCCUGAUAAUAAAAGAUAGUAAUUGAUGGACUGCAUUCAAGUUGUGAAAUGAAAUAUAAGAACAAGGUUUGGUCAACUUGAAUUCAUUGACAGGACAAAAGGUUGACGUUUCGGCUAAGAGCCUUCAUCAGAAAACAAGACAAAUUUGAAGUCUGGCUCGUGACUUUGCACUGUUUGCUAAGCCACGUAGAUGGACUUCCUGAAACGACCAACAACCAAUAUUCUAACCGUCCAAUCCUGCCCGAAUGCGAGCCCAGAUGGUGUUGAACUAACACUUGACUGGCUGAACCAUAUACUUGCUAGUGGUCUUAUAAUAAACUAUAAACUUUUCAUUAAGAAAUGUCAUGGGGUAAAAAGGCGCGUUUAUGAGAAAAUGUAUCAUUCUUAAAAUCAAAGUUAUAGAUUUCUGAUUUUGGUGCAAACAUCAUUUCUGAUUUCGGUGCAAACAUCAUUUCUGAUUUUGGUGCAAGCGUCGAGAAAUUUGAUUCUACGCUAUCAUACAUUCAUUUAUAUUUCGGCUGGAAGGCAACGAAUGCGUCUGUGUUGCGACAUCAAUUUUUACAUCAGAAUGUUGCAUAAACACUGAAAAUACUAAAGUUCGGGCCUAAUAUAUAUAUAUAUAUAUAUAUAUGACUGUGAUUAGAUUAGAAGUGUGUGUAGAAUUUAUUGCCUUCUGGGAUAGAAAGGUCAUCAGGCUAAGUAUGAAAACUUUAUUUGACGACCAAUCCAACAUGUGUCCACCUUAAAUCCCUUAUCUCCUGAGACAACCACGUGAUCGCCGACCGCUUUCCUUAUCUUGAACAGUUCAGAAACCAGUUGUCAUGUGGAAAUCUUUUUUUGCAACUUUUCAUUUCUGAAUUAUUUUCCUGCGGUGUAGACAGGACAUUGAGACACUGUUCUGGUAGGCGGGUUUUAACAUAUAUAUCUCAGCUGUAUUUGUGGAUAGCAUUGCCUGUAGUUUAUAAAAUGAAAUGUUUAUUUUGUUGUUCUUGCUGUUUUCACUUGCUUUCAUUGAAACCAAUCUGGUUAUCCUUUGUAUUUGGGUUUCGUUAUUUAAAAAAAAUGUUUAUAAAAGUCUUGUGUAAUAAUGGUACUCUAAAUACUACGUGUAACCAAAUGAAGAAUUAACGUUCUCGUAUAACAAAAGCAGUCGCGGUGUAACGGUUAUGUGUUAAUACAAUUUGAGUCCUGACUUGUUGUGACUUCAUCUACCUCAAAAUUUACUAAAAAUCCCAACAUCAAAGAACAUAUAGACUGUUGCUCCAUUUUUAAAUCCUUUAAAGUAAGUUAGCUUUAGUACGUGGCUGGCAGGCAGGCAAAAAUCUUCGGAGGAGAAAUCCACAAGGCCUGUGAUUAUUCUUUUUAGGAUUAUAAAAUGGUUCCCUACACAGCAAAUCGCCGCUCCACGCCGCUGGAUCACCAUUUGUAUGAUAGAGCUUGGCAACAGUGGCGACGAAGGAGUUGCCGGAAUGGUUCAUUGUGCCUACGGGACUCCAUCUCCAGAUUUGAAUUCAGAGAAUCCUUCUCUUAGAUGAGUUGCCAUCCAAGGUUAACGAGUUCCACCCACCCGGGCUUUGGUGGGGUUGAGCUCCAGACCAUGAACUUGAGCUUAGCUCAGUUUAGACCACUCGGCCAUCCAGCCCCCCUAGUCAACAAACACAGUUAUUAUAACAUAUACAAGUCAUUAAAAACUGUGUUAGCUGUUGAAAGGCGAUGGCCAAAGCGUUUUUAUUAAAAUUCAAAUCUUCCCUUCGUACUACAUCAAAAUAACAUGGAGAUUAAUCUUCUGGAGAAUUGUCACAAUCGAUGUUUUUAGAGAAACGCGCCAUCGGGAUCCAUGGAUUAAAUCCAUCAUUAAAUAUUAUUUUUAAUAGAUAAUGACAGAUUUAUAGAUUUAUUGCUUGUAAACAACAACAAAAUUGUGUUUAUUUGUUCCUCAGAUGGCGUGUAACGCUGUCCGUGUGCUAGCAGCUUUCCUAUCGCUAACGGCUUACUGUCACGGUUUCACCCUGACGGCGACCCCUGACCAUAUCGAAAUCGACCAAACCCAAAAUGUCGUCCUCGAGUGCAAGUUUGGGGGCUCGUCCAACUCGGACCUCGUGGAAAUCAACCGUGUCCGGAUAGAUAAGCACGUGAACGGCGCGUGGACGCUGGUGGCGCAGAUCGUCGACGUCAACAAUCAGAUCAGCUCCGUCCCCAGCGUGACCGCCACCGGACUGAUCGGUGCACCCAGGGACACCUACCUGAGGGUCGCGUGGAAGCUGGCCACCGCCGACACCCCGGGCGAAUACAGAUGUGAGCAGCUGGGGCUCAACGGGGCGCAGAACUUCGUCUCGGAGAGAACGGACGCCAUCGUCAUCGGAGACAACUCGGCCAUCACGGCCACCAUCAACCUGCUGGUCAAGAAGCAAACCCUGGCCUUGCAGAACUCCUUCGACCAGUACAAGAAGGAGACCUCCCAGGAGCUGACCGACAUCCUAAACAUCAUCCGGAUCAACCAAAUUUCAGAGCUGCAGGCGUUCAACAACAUUUCUGCUCAGCUGGCGUCCAUAGUCCAAAAGCAGAACUCGCUCGAUGCAAGGAUAACGGCCCUGGAGGGCGGCUCAGUAGUGGCACCCACCUCCGCCCCCGUGACGACAUCGGCUCCAGGGGCCACCGCUGCACCGGGGAACCAACAGUGGCCUGGCGGAAGUUACGGUCUGUACCAGCCUCGAUCAGGCUGUCCGGCGAACACGUCCGACGCAACCUGGGUCAGCGGCUACCGCAGACACCACACUGAACCGAUCAACAACAUCGACCACGUCUCUGACGGUGGCAAUAUGGCGAUCCCCAUCUUCGAGGAAGUGGGCACCGAGUAUUAUUUCAACCAAAGAUUCUGUAUGGUCCCCUCUCCCGCCAACGGACCAGCCUGGCCGAGUGGCUCUUACUGCAUCAACCGGAAGGGCGGCUCCUGUCCGGCCGGAUUUAACUCCGGGUACAUCGAAAUCGACGACUACAGCAACUCCCAGGACGUGGUGUCCGGGUCCGUCCCGGACGGGGCGUACGGCACCACGUCCAUCAUCUACUACUGCUGCCGCAACGACGGAGCCGUCAGUGAUCCCAUCACGCUGCCGACCGGCUCAUCUUUCUACCUGUACAGGUACAGCACGCAGUGUCAGCGCGUGAGCGGUAUGCUGGAGCAGCAGGAGUACAUCUUCAUCGACACGGCGAGCGCCAACAACCUCGACAAAUACGAGAACCAGUGGCAUCCCUCGGGCAGCUUGAAUGACGUCAGAAUUGUGCUCUGCUACUACCGCCCCAUCUAAACCUCCGACAGGCGGCCUAUUUCAGUUGCUAUCUCCUUAGACUGCCAGUUUCAGUUGCUAUCGCCAUAGACUAUCAAUUUUAGUUGCUAUCGCCAUAGACUGUCAGUUUUAAUUUUUAAAAAACCUCAAUAAAGUUCGACAUAUUAACAA